AUGACCUUUUUCUCCAGGCAAAAUCUUCAGGAGGGUCUCCGAACCCUCUCUGUUAUGCAGUGGAUUCCAAUCUAUUUAAUUUUAGGAUCUAUUUCCAUUAUCAGUAUACCCUACUUCAUGGUGUUCACUAGAUUCUGGUACUUGGCUGUGCUCGCCUUAGCCUGGCUUGCUUAUGAUUGGAAUACUCACAGUCAAGGUGGUAGGCGUUCAGCUUGGGUACGAAACUGGACCCUCUGGAUGUAUUUCCAAAAUUACUUCCCAGUAAAGCUGGUGAAGACACAUGACCUUUCUCCCAAACACAACUACAUCAUUGGCAGCCACCCCCAUGGAAUUUUCUCUUAUGGUGUCUUCAUCAACUUUGCCACUGAGGCCAGUGGUUUUGCUCGGAUUUUCCCAUCCAUCACUCCCUUUUUAGGGACCUUGGAAGGGAUCUUCUGGAUCCCAAUUGUGCGAGAAUAUGUAAUGUCAAUGGGUAUAUGCCCAGUGAGUGAGUUGGCCCUGGAGUACUUGCUGACCAAGAAAGGCUCAGGAAAUGCUGUGACUAUUGUGGUGGGUGGAGCUGCAGAAGCCCUCUUGUGCCGCCCAGGAGCCUCCACCAUCUUGCUAAAAAAUCGCAAAGGUUUUGUGAAAUUGGCUCUGAAGACAGGGGCAUACCUUGUCCCUUCCUAUUCCUUCGGUGAGAAUGAAGUUCACAAUCAGGAGACGUUCCCUGAAGGCACAUGGUUAAGGUUCUUUCAAAAAAUCAUCCAGGGAGCAUUAAAAAAAGCCCUGGGAAUAAAUUUGUGUACCUUCCAUGGCCGGGGCCUCACUCAUGGAUCCUGGGGCUUAUUGCCUUUCAAUCGGCCCAUUAACACUGUUGUUGGGGAACCCCUGCCAAUUCCCAAGAUUAAAAUGCCCAACAAGGAGACUGUGGACGAGUACCAUGCACUCUACAUCAGUGCCCUGCGCAAAUUGUUUGACCAACACAAAGUUGAAUAUGGCCUUCCUGAGACCCAGGAGUUGACAAUCAUAUAACAAGAGCCAGAUUCCCUGUUACUAAACCCACAAAGUCACAAAGGAUCCAAAUAGAGAAAAUAAUAAAGGAAGAAUGUGGAGAGGAGCUGGAUCUUAAGGAUAUGAAGUGAUGACAACCAAGCCAAAAGUACUUAUUGAGUCUGGGUUCCAGAAAUGGUAUCCGCUCCCAAGUGACAGAGUCAAGUAUGGAGAAAGGAAACAGUUUUAGGGCAACAACCCUGUUUAGAGGUCUUGUGAGUCACUCUAACCAACUAAUUGAAGUAAUGAGAAGCCAACAAACACUGUGCCCUGUCCUCCUAAACCUUAGCAAUACCAUUACUAUUUAGGGUUAAGAUUAGAAGCUUUGUGUAGAAGAAGGGUAGCUUGUUUCAUCUCAGGUUCUUUCCUUACAAUUUGGGGACUGCCACAAGGUAAACAAGGGGCCUGAACUGUGGCUCACGCAGACAGGAUUCCCUCACCUAUGACAGAGUUCCAGAUC